AUGAGCCCCGCAUAUCAGGCAGUGUUCCUCCCCCAUGCCAUCCCUGACCUUUCGAAGCCAUUCGAUAUCAAGUGCCCGCCAAACACCGAUGUCUGGGACAAGCCACCAUCUACACACUCGUUCAAUGCUCCAAUCAUCUACCAGACUACCACUAUUGGAUCUUUUGAAAAGGCAAGGGUGACUGUUUCAGCAUCUUGGAAGGAUAGAUAUGAUCAGGGUGGACUUGCUCUGGUUGUCAACUCCGCUACCGGUCGUCAAUGGGUUAAGAGUGGUAUCGAGUUCGAAAAUGGCCAGUCGAAUCUCAGCACCGUCGCCACCUCCAAGUGGAGCGAUUGGAGCCUGCUUCCUCUUGGAAGCCGCACGACAGCUACUCUUGAGGUCGAGACAACAAAGGAUGGGUCUCUGUGGGUAUACGUGAUCGAGGAUGAUGGGUCCAAGGCAGCGUUGAGAGAAGUGACAUGGUGGGCGGAUCUGCCCAAAGAUGCUGCGCUAUGGGUCGGCCCAUUUGCUGCCAAGCCUGCGCCAAAUGGAGAGAAGGAGGAUCUAGUGGUCCAUUUCGAUAAUCUUAGCAUUACAUUGAGCUGA